AUGGGUGUUGACUUUCAUCCUCCGGAUUGUGAUAGGAGUAGCAGCGGUCUGUUGCUCGGUAGUGAAACAAAGUCUUCAGUUUCGCGCGGAAGGAUUGAAGAAGCUUUGGACAGAGACGCUGGGACGGAAGGUGAGGUAUGGGUCGAACCCGUGGACGUGUUGGAAGCAAUCGGCUUCGGAUGGCUGCAGUGGUUUGUUGCUAUUUACGGAGCCAUUUCGUACAGCCAGUUCGUCAUCCAUACGAUGACACCCACCUUGAGUCAAGAAAGCCUUUGGGUUCAGUGGCCACACCUCGCUACUGACCGAGUUGCUUACAAUGGCGUUUUUACUGGCCAGGCGAUCGCGCGAAUCGUUGCUGGAUUGUGGUUGAGCCCUUUGCUCGACGUUUUUGGUCGUAAGUGGUUGGUGUUUCUAGGGGUGCUAAUCCCUCUAAUAAUUGCCGUAAUUGCCAUGACAUCACCCAAUUUUGCGGUCUAUGCAACUCUUAGGUCACUAAUUGCCCUUACGUGUAUGACUGCUGGGUCUGGUGCCAGUGUGUAUGUGGUAGAGAUGGUCCACACGAAAAGAAGAGCAUUGAUGGCCUUGGCGUUCCAAUUGGUCGGCACCAGUUAUGUGAUGUACGCCACUGGCGUCAAGUGGGGGCUGGACGAUCGUAUAGACGUAGCUGAGGACAAGUCUUGGAGCAUUCAUGCCAAGAACAACCUUUGGAGGUGGUUUCAGCUGCUGUCGCAGCUGCCCAGCGUAGUAGCGCUUUUGAUGGGACUCUUCGCCUUCUACGAGACACCCCGGUUCCUCCUAACAGUUAAGAAGAACAGGGCCAAAGCUUGGCAGGUGUUCGACAAGCUAUCGCGGAAUAAGCCGGAAGUUGUUAAUGAUCGCUUGGGUCUGAACUCUGCUGUCAGGGCUGACCGGGGGCUUCAGGACGCUUUCAUUGGUCGCGAUGGAGAUGCGUUGCGCAAUAGUCAACGAUCCCACCGUCGUCCGCCGUUGACUGCGCGUCGAGAGCCGCAGAAUUUGGCUAUCGAGGAUUGUCGCGCGCGUGUGCGAUUUACCGGAAUUGAUGAUAGAAAAUCUCAGGAUACGAAUUCUACGCCCGAAACCUACCUGGACGGGCUGAAGGCAGUGUUUAACGUAAAGGUAACCUUCCGCGGCUGGGCGGAGCUGUUCACGCCGAAAUACUGGAAGCUGACCCUUGCGCUGUCUUCCAUUUGGUUUUUCACUGCCUUCAGCCACUGGGGUAUUACGUCAUAUUGUACGUUGUUCUUCCAGUACUUGGGCGUCAAUGUUAAUUUAGUCACGAUGCUCUCCUACGCUGUUCAAUUACCUUUCCACUGUUUGGAAUUUUAUGUAAUGCAAGCGAGCUGGGGAGGCAGAAUUUUCGCGAUCAAGUGGACAUCGUUGGCUGGCGCAAUAGUUUCAAUUAUCUUAGCAGCAUGUGCCAAGGUCGACAACCAAGCAUGGCUUUCGACCCUGGCAAUUUUGACUUUAUGCUCCGGCUCUGUUCUCUGGGGCCCUGUCUACUCGUAUUCCUCAGAAAGAUACCCGAUUCACCUAAGGGGCGCCGCCAUGGGACUGUUCUCCGCUAUCAACGGCCUGAGCACCGUGGUCACGACCUACGUUGGAAGCACUGGCCUUACCGGCGCUAAGCUGUACGUCAUGCCCCUCGUUUGGGGAGUCAUCCGACUCGCGGUCUGGAUUAGCAGUCUCAUCCUAGACGUGGAGGUCCGCGAUUUCGACCUGGGCGAUGACGUGGAUGGUGCUUCACCAAAUGGUGUUUCACCGAACGGCGUUACCACAUACCGCGACAAGAUUUGA